AUGAGAAUUUAUCGGAAUCAUUUGGAAAGACAAUAUGAUCGAAAAGAAAAUUUACAAUCCGAUUCAGAAAUCAGGAAUCAUCCUCGCGAUAUGAUUGGAAAUAUUGUCGAAGGAUGGGAACGACGACGACCGGUUUGGUUGCUAUUCCUAUUGUAUCAAUUAAGCGAAAAAUACCUUUACCGUGAGCAUACACCAAUGCUUGAUUUAUUUCUUGCUCAAUAUGCGCUUGAACUUAAUAAAAAACUUUAUUCAAUUGAAACUGCUACUGAGCAAUGUAAUCCGCUUCGUUCAGUACGUAUGGAUCAGUUACUAUUUGCAAUUAAUUAUACGUUAUCAUAUCUGGAAUUUGAAUUUAAUUUAACAAUGGCUGGAAUGCAAUCAAAUAACAGUGGUAUUGUUAAUUUAAUUAAUAGUUAUAAGUGUGGUUCAUUGGAUGAAUCGCUAUUCAAUACUGAUUCCAAACGAUUUAUUCAUCAAGGAUUUAGUAUUACAGUGGAACUUGAUCGAAAAGCUCAAGAAAUUGAUAAUCAACUUCGUCAAGAUAUUAUUGAACGACGAAACAUUAGAAUGGCUGAUCGUAUCGCUAAAUUAUUACGAUGGAAAGUGGGCAGUCAAUAUUUCUUUGCUUUAGGAGCCGGUCAUUUCAUGGGUAGUAAGUCAAUCUUGGCACUUUUGGAAACUCAUGGAUUCGUUACAAAGGUUGUUACGGAGAAUGAUGAGAUUAGUUUUCGAGAACACGUAAACGAUAGGCAAGUAUAUGUAUUCAACGAGUUAUGGGUACGCGAUGAUGAUAUAACAACUGAUUCAGCAAUUGAUAUUACGCUUACGGUGGGCGAAUUACCCAAUAGUAGAAGUCCAGUUAAUGAAAGCCAGUGUCAAAUCAUCAUUUUCAUUGUGAUGAUUACAAUUUCAUUCAUCAUGUCAUAA